AUGGCAGUAGAGAUAUCAAAGAAGAGAAAGAGGAGAAAGGGUCCCUUUAUCUGUCCUGUUGUGAAUUGUGGAAAGGUAUUUUCACGAUCAGAUCAUUUGGCCCGACAUCAAGUAGGACACUCCUCUCAGAGACUCAGAUGCGAUUUUGAAGGAUGUGGAAAAGUAUUCACAAGGAUAGACGUGAAGAAGAAACACGAAGCUAUACAUCGAAAAAAAAAUAGUGGACAGACCUCACCACAGGAUGACAACAACGAGUUUGCAUCAUCAUCAUCCAAAGAAGGCAACAUGGUAGCUAAUAAGACUUCUCCAAUGUAUAGUUCCGACCCGCACAUUGGGAAGAACACGCUAUCGCUAUUGGAGGAAGUGUUUGCACUGUCUCCCAAUUUUCCGAAUGAGAACUGCCAAACGGAGAUCGACAACAAGACACUAUACAAUAUGAUACACUUUAUUCCUGAGUUGGAAAAUAAUGCCGACUUCACUGUGGCGAAAAUUAAGUGGUUUCUUGAGCUAUAUUGGUCGUUAUACCAUUGCCAGUAUCCUAUCUUGCACAGGCCAUCAUUUUCCACGUAUGAUGCGCCUCCACUUCUACUUUUAAGCAUGAUUAUGACUGGCUCAUCACUGGCGAAAAAGGUGACGCCACCGCCGGGUUUUCUUUUCGAGGAUCCCUCCAAGUUGGCGAUGAUAAUCGCAGAGCCGUUGCGAUGGCUAGUUUUUGCAUGCAACGAAGCCAAGCCGCCGUGCAAGGCGUGGGUCAUCCAGAGUUUGAUCAUCUUGGAGACGUAUGAGAUCAUCAGCUCCUCGAGAGCUUUUCACGAACGGGCUGUUAUCUACAACGGCGCCAAGAUACAGCUCCUAAGGCGAAGUCCUAUACUUGGCGGAGACCCUUUCAAGAGCUAUGGCUCGGAUACAAGCAAGUCAACAAACCUGUGGAACACAUGGAUUGAGAGCGAGUCGAUGAAGCGGGCUGCGUUGAUGUCGUUCAACCUUGACACGAUCCACGCGGUUGUGUUUGGUCACCCGAUGAACAUUUUCGCCAACCAGAUCAAGCUCUCGUUGCCGUGUCCGGACGACAUCUGGGAGUACAAGAACGUCGACAGAAACAAGGCGCCAUACCAUGUCACGGAGACGCCGCUCUUCCUGGACGCGCUGAAAAGCCUGUUGAAGGGGGAGGCCGUCAACGUGGACUCUUUCGGGAGACAGAUCAUACUCUCGGGGUUGAUCAACCUCGUGCUGCAGACCGAGCAGAACGUGCUGCAGUGGAACAACUUUGGGUGGAAGACGAUCGAGAAGAGCUGGAAGGACGACAUCUCUGCGGCAAUCAAGUUCUGGAAGACGCAGCUGCCCGAGGGCAACUGCUGUUUGACGCUGUCGAGCGUCUACUAUGCCGGAGCGACGUCGCCGCCGUUGCCGCCGUCGUUGAUGCCCGAGGACACGCGGUGCAAGUUCCCUGUGUACCACGCGGCGCAGAUCUACCUGCGGAUCACCCACUACGACUACAUUGUGUUUGCCGGCGCCCCGAAGCGAAUGAACGUGCCCAUUCUGCCCGAGGACUACGCCAUCGUGGUGCGGCGCAUCGACAAGUGGUCCAACAGCGUGUCGGGCAAGCUAUCCGUCAUCAACUCGCUCAUCCUGUUGUUCGAGAUGCUUCUCUCGCCCGAGGGCUCCGUCGACAUCGUCAACUACUACUACGAGCCGGACAAGGACCCCUUCAUCUACCGCCCGAACGUGAUCAUCUGCGCCAUCCUCUCGCUCUGGGCGUACGCGUUCCAUGUUUUUGGCCCGGAGUCCUUGUUUUCCUCCCCCGACUUGCGCCACCAGCUCAAGAGCGGCUUCAUUCCCGCCAUGGAGGACGGCAGCUACUACCUCCGGCGCGUGCGCUCCGAGCUGGUCAAGCGCACGGGCAUCUCCUUCUCGAGCCUCGACCACAUGGACUCUGCCGAGAACAUCAAGGCCAUGAAGGAGUUCUGCCGCGUGCUUCCUGAGAUCCGCGGGCUCCACCACCUGAUCGGCCUCCUCCGCACGCUCGAGACGAGCUACCUCGGCUGCGAGUGGCAGGUGGGCCGUGAGUACGCCAAGUUGUUGGGCAACUGCAUCAAGCGCAGUGCCGGCGCCACCCACGUCUUUUGCAACGACAUGUACGACGUGUGA